UCUCAUCCGGUUGGACAGCAGAAGCACUUGUUUCCUGCUUGGUAAGAGUACUCACUCAUUCAGCAAAGAUUACUGCCAUACUCCACAGGAUAAGCCCAAUCUCUUCUAAUCUUGGAAGCCAAUCUCUGGUAGACCUGGAUUACACAGUAGUGAAGAAGACAUCCAGCAGCCGUCCCUGUGUGUCAGGAGGACUGAGCAGGACCCAGAGCCCCAUCACGGUGCCUCCACCUCACUCACCAAUACAUGAGAGACACAAUGACCAAAAGAGCUUGGAACUCACCAACAAGAUCAUUCAGAUUCUGACUGGAGAGGAGGGGGUGUAUAUAGAGGAACACAGGGGUCUGUACAAGGACGUGAUGAUGGCGAAUCACCGGCCCCUCACAUCACUGGAUGGGCCCAGUAACAGAGAUACCCCAGAGAGAUGUCCCCGUCCUCUGUAUUCCCAGGAUUGUACAGAGGAGAAUCACAGGAUCCCACAGGAGGAUCAGGUAGAACGUCUGUCUGAUAUUAAAACAGAAGAUAUAGAGGGAGAAGAAGAGACGUAUGUGACUGAUAUGAAGGCAGAAGAUACAGAGGGAGAAGAAGAGACGUAUGUGACUGAUAUAAAGGCAGAAGAUAUAGAGGGAGAAGAAGAGACGUAUGUGACUGAUAUAAAGGCAGAAGAUCUAGAGGGAGAAGAAGUGACGUAUGUGACUGAUAUAAAGGCAGAAGAUACAGAGGGAGAAGAAGAGACGUAUGUGACUGAUAUAAAGGCAGAAGAUAUAGAGGGAGAAGAAGAGACGUAUGUGACUGAUAUAAAGGCAGAAGAUAUAGAGGGAGAAGAAGAGACGUAUGUGACUGAUAUAAAGGUAGAAGAUAUAGAGGAAGAAGAAGAGACGUAUGUGACUGAUAUAAAGGCAGAAGAUAUAGAGGGAGAAGAAGAGACGUAUGUGACUGAUAUAAAGGCAGAAGAUACAGAGGGAGAAGAAGAGACGUAUGUGACUGAUAUAAAGGCAGAAGAUACAGAGGGAGAAGAAGAGACGUAUGUGACUGACAUAAAGGCAGAAGAUAUAGAGGGAGAAGAAGAGACGUAUGUGAUUGAUAUAAAGGCAGAAGAUAUAGAGGGAGAAGAAGAGUCGUAUGUGACUGAUAUAAAAACAGAAGAUAUAGAGGGAGAAGAAGAGACGUAUGUGACUGAUAUAAAGGCAGAAGAUACAGAGGGAGAAGAAGAGAUGUAUGUGACUGAUAUAAAGACAGAAGAUAUAGAGGGAGAAGAAGAGACGUAUGUUACUGAUAUAAAGGCAGAAGAUACAGAGGGAGAAGAAGAGACGUAUGUGACUGAUAUGAAGGCAGAACAUAUUGCGGGAGAAGAAGAGACGUAUGUGACUGAUAUAAAGGCAGAAGAUACAGAGGGAGAAGAAGAGACGUAUGUGACUGAUAUGAAGGCAGAAGAUAUAGAGGGAGAAGAAGAGACAUAUGUGACUGAUAUAAAGGCAGAGGAUACAGAGGGAGAAGAAGAGACGUAUGUGACUGAUAUAAAGGCAGAAGAUAUAGAGGGAGAAGAAGAGACGUAUGUGACUGAUAUAAAGACAGAAGAUACAGAGCGAGAGGAAGAGACGUAUGUGACUGAUAUAAAGGCAGAAGAUAUAGAGGGAGAAGAAGAGACGUAUGUGACUGAUAUAAAGGUAGAAGAUAUAGAGGGAGAAGAAGAGACGUAUGUGACUGAUAUAAAGGCAGAAGAUAGAGAUGGAGAAGAAGAGACGUAUGUGAGGGGUGAUCAGCAGUGUAAGGAGGAGGAGAUCCCUACAGAUAUCAGCACAGCAGAUGGACACACAAGCAGGAAUAUCUCAGAAGGACAUCUAAUGUUAUCCCCGGAUUGUGACAUGAAAGAUAAUGACAGAAUACAGGAUUCUCCAGGAGAUAACCCCAUUACCCCAAUUAUACAUCCAGCUCUAUCAGCUGGUCCCUCUGAUCCUGGGAAAUGGUCUCCUGAUCACUCUGAUGUUGGUGCAUCUGUUACAGCUCUGACAGUAGAUACAGUAUUUACCUGUUCUAUAGAUUCCAAAUGUUUUACGCAGCACACAAAGCUUAUUACCCAUCAGCCUGCUAAGACAGGUAAGAGGCCAUUUCCAUGUUCUGAGUGUGAGAAAUGUUUUACAUGCAAAUCAGCUCUUGUUACACAUCAGAGAAAUCACACAGGUGAGAAGCCAUUUCCAUGUUCUGAGUGUGGCAAAUUUUUUACACGGAAAUCAAAUCUUUUUACACAUCAGAGAAGUCACACAGGUGAGAAGCCAUUUCCAUGUUCUGAGUGUGAGAAAUGUUUUACAUGCAAAUCAGCUCUUGUUACACAUCAGAGAAAUCACACAGGUGAGAAGCCAUUUCCAUGUUCUGAGUGUGGCAAAUUUUUUACACGGAAAUCUUUUCUUGUUACACAUCAGAGAAGUCACACAGGUGAGAAGCCAUUUUCAUGUUCUGAGUGUGAGGAAUGUUUUACACUGAAAUCAAAUCUUGUUAAACAUCAGAGAAGUCACACAGGUGAGAGGCCAUAUCCAUGUCCUGAGUGUGGGAAAUGUUUUUUAAAUAAAUCACAUCUUGUUACGCAUCAGAGAACUCACACAGGUGAGAGGCCAUUUGCAUGCUCAGAGUGUGGGAAAUGUUUUUCAAGUAAAUCACAUCUUGUUAGGCAUCAGAGAACUCACACAGUUGAGAUGCCAUUUGCAUGCUCAGAGUGUGGGAAAUGUUUUACACAGAGCUCAAAUAUGAUUAAACAUCAGAGAACGCAUACAGGUGAGAAGCCAUUUUCCUGUUCUGAGUGUGGAAAAUGUUUUUUACGUAAAGUCUGUCUUGUUAGACAUCAGAGAAGUCACACAGGUGAAAAGCUGUUUUCAUGCUCUGAGUGUGGGAAAUGUUUUUUAAGUAAAUCGAAUCUUAUUACACAUCAGAGAACUCACACAGGUGAGAAGCCAUUUCCCUGUUCUGAGUGUGGGAAAUGUUUUUUAAGUAAAGCACAUCUAGUUUCACAUCAGAGAACUCACACAGGUGAGAAGACAUUUUCCUGUUCUGAGUGUGGGAAAUGUUUUUUAAAUAAAUCGAAUCUUGUUACACAUCAGAGAACUCACACAGGUGAGAAGCCAUUUUCCUGUUCUGAGUGUGGGAAAUGUUUUUUAAGUAAAUCGAAUCUUAUUACACAUCAGAGAAGUCACACAGGUGAGAAGCCAUUUUCCUGUUCUGAGUGUGGGAAAUAUUUUUUUAGUAAAGCACAUCUAGUUUCACAUCAGAUAAGUCACACAGGUGAGAAGCCAUUUUCAUGUUCUGAGUGUGAGAAAUGUUUUACACUGAAAUCAAAUCUUGUUAAACAUCAGAGAAGUCACACAGGUGAGAGGCCAUAUCCAUGUCCUGAGUGUGGGAAAUGUUUUUUAAAUAAAUUAAAUCUUGUUACGCAUCAGAGAACUCACACAGGUGAGAGGCCAUUUGCAUGCUCAGAGUGUGGGAAAUGUUUUUCAAGUAAAUCACAUCUUGUUAGACAUCAUAGAACUCACACAGUUGAGAUACCAUUUGCAUGCUCAUGAGUGUG